AGGGUAACUGUCACUGAAUUCAACGAGGGCUAUUCAAUUAUGUUGAAUCUUUACACAUUUUUCUGGUUAUAUACUAGUAUGUUUUACGGAGCGACGAUUCCAACCAAGUGGGGAAAAGGGAGAAUCAACCUGUUUGUCAAAGCUGGAGAUCCUUUAUUCCGUUUUAAUCCAUACAACAUUUAGGAAUUACUGUAUUUUUAAUCUUAAGAAAAAUGUACCAACUUCUAUUCUUCGCAAUAGAGACCCACACGAAAUCAAAUAGAGCUCCCAGGAUCCGUUGCAGUGUAUCUGUUACUAUAAUCAAACAAUCAGCGUUGUUUUUUAUACUUGCUCCUUCCGAGGUAAUUGCUUGUCCGGAGAAUAAUGGCAUAACCUCUGGGCCUGAUCCUACUUGAACAAUUUUAAGUUUUCACCUCUUAAAAGGUGAGGUAGUUAUGCUCUCACUUUUGUCUGUUCGUUACCGCUGUUUUGCUUUUUAAUUGUGCGGCAAUUUGCUAGCAACUCUAUGAAGAUAAGAGCACUCAUUUCCAGUGGUAUUUGACUUCUUGUUACAUUUUACGGUCUCUCCCUUUCCCUCUGCUCGCCCCUCCCUUCUCUUUUAAAUUUCCCUCCUGGCUCUAAUUGAUUUUUUUAAAGGCUUACAGAACACUUUCUUUCGUAUCAAGUCUUCUUGCUCCUCCAGCGUGCCUUUCCUUUUUCUGCGGUCACUCCGGGGCUGUUGCGCGCCUUUACGCACGCCUCUCCCUCCCCGCGUCUUUUACCACUCCGCCUCCCUCCGGAGGAGCAGCAGCGUGUGCCUGGUGCCUAGGAGGGUAACCCCCUCUUCUCCCCCCACCACUGGCCAUUGGCUUGCCCUGCUACGGCUCCCCCCUCACUCUUUUGCUUGAUCAUGUCCAGCCCCCGAUGACUGUCCAUUGGCGUGGCGCACAGCUUCCCUCCUCCCCUUUCCUCCAGUUUCGCCCUGCCCAUGUUUUGUAUGUCUCUGUCCAUCCAGCCGCUUGACGUUCAAGUUCGUAGGGACGUCACGUCCGCACUUGAACUUGCAGCUCAGGGGGGCUUUUGCCAUUUUUUUCAUCUCUCUCUCUCUCUCUCUCUUCUUUUUCCCCCCUGUCUGUUUCUCCCUCUCUUGCACAGAAAGGAAAAAAAGAAAAAGAAAAAGCCAUGACUGCUAUCCCACAAUUCAUCUUCCCCGCGCCAUCUUUGUAUUAUUUCUAAUUUAUUUUGGAUGUCAAAAGACAUUGAUGAAGGUAUUUUCUCUGGAGUCUCCCUCCUUGCUCACCCGGCGCUUCCCGAUGUGAUCCGAGCGAGAGAGCUCCGUGCGCGCCCGCCCGAGCAACCAACACCACAAUGUCUCGCCGCAAGCAAGGGAAACCCCAGCACUUAAGCAAACGGGAAUUUUCGCCCGAACCUAUUGAAGCCAUUCUUACAGACGAUGAACCAGAUCAUGGUACUUUGGGAGCUCCAGAAGGCGACCACGACCUCCUUACCUGUGGCCAGUGUCAGAUGAACUUCCCUUUGGGGGAUAUUCUUAUUUUUAUUGAGCACAAACGGAAACAAUGCAAUGGCACUCUUUGCCUAGAGAAGGCUGUGGAUAAGCCCCCUUCACCCUCGCCAAGCGAGCUGCGAAAAACUUCCAAUCCCGUGGAGGUUGGCAUCCAGGUCACACCUGAGGAUGACGAUUGUUUGUCAACGUCAUCUAGAGGAAUUUGUCCUAAGCAGGAACAUAUAGCAGGUAAAGAUGAACCCAGCAGUUACACGUGUACAACAUGUAAACAGCCAUUCAACAGCGCCUGGUUUCUCUUGCAACAUGCACAGAACACUCAUGGAUUAAGAAUCUACUUAGAAAGUGAACAUGGAAGUCCUCUGACACCGCGGGUUGGUAUCCCAUCAGGACUAGGUGCAGAAUGCCCUUCUCAGCCACCACUCCAUGGGAUUCACAUUGCAGACAAUAAUCCUUUUAAUCUUCUUAGAAUACCUGGGUCAGUCGCAAGAGAAGCAUCAGGUCUUGGAGAAGGCCGUUUCCCUCCCACACCUCCUUUGUUUAGUCCCCCUCCAAGACAUCAUUUGGAUCCACAUCGCAUAGAACGCCUAGGUGCUGAAGAAAUGGCUCUUGCAACCCAUCACCCCAGUGCCUUCGACAGGGUGCUGCGACUCAACCCCAUGGCCAUGGAGCCUCCAGCUAUGGAUUUCUCCAGGCGGCUUAGGGAGUUAGCUGGAAACACCUCUAGUCCACCAUUGUCACCGAACCGGCCCAGCCCUAUGCAAAGGUUACUACAACCAUUCCAGCCAGGCAGCAAGCCACCAUUUCUGGCAACACCUCCUCUUCCUCCUCUUCAAUCUGCUCCUCCUCCUUCUCAGCCUCCUAUCAAAUCCAAGUCCUGUGAAUUUUGUGGGAAAACCUUUAAAUUUCAGAGCAACUUAGUUGUCCAUCGUAGAAGCCACACUGGAGAAAAACCCUACAAGUGCAACCUUUGUGACCAUGCAUGCACUCAAGCAAGCAAGUUAAAACGCCACAUGAAAACACACAUGCACAAAUCCUCCCCAAUGACUGUGAAGUCAGAUGAUGGCCUCUCAACAGCCAGUUCCCCAGAGCCUGGAACCAGUGAUCUUGUUGGCAGUGCUAGCAGUGCCCUCAAAUCUGUGGUGGCUAAGUUUAAAAGUGAGAAUGAUUCCAAUAUUAUUCCAGAAAAUGGGGAUGAAGAAGAGGAAGAAGAGGAGGAGGAGGAGGAAGAGGAGGAAGAAGAAGAAGAGGAGGAUUUGACUGAAAAUGAAAGGCCAGACUAUGGUUUUGGCAUCAAUCUAGAAGCAGCUCGGCACCAUGAAAACAAUUCCCGGUCUAUUGAGGAGAAUCGUUCUAUCCCGGAUGUCAUGCAAGGGAUGGUCCUGAGUUCCAUGCAGCACUUCAGUGAGGCUUUCCAUCAGGUUCUUGGUGAGAAACAUAAACGAGGGCACUUAUCUGAAUCUGAGGUGCAUAGAGAUACAUGUGAUGAAGACUCAGUAGCUGGUGAAUCUGAUCGCAUCGAUGAUGGUGCUAUUAAUGGUCGGGGGUGUUCCCCUGGUGAAUCUGCCUCCGGAGGUUUGUCCAAAAAGCUGCUCUUGGGUAGCCCAAGCUCCCUAAGUCCUUUUUCUAAACGCAUCAAACUUGAGAAGGAGUUUGACCUUCCCACGACAGCUAUGCCUAACACUGAAAAUGUUUACUCCCAGUGGCUAGCUGGGUAUGCUGCUUCUCGGCAGCUAAAAGAUCCAUUCCUCAACUUUGGAGACUCCCGACAAUCGCCUUUUGCUUCCUCCUCAGAACACUCCUCUGAAAAUGGAAGUUUACGCUUCUCGACGCCUCCCGGGGAGAUGGAUGGAGGGAUAUCAGGCCGCAGCGGUACAGGAAGUGGAGGGAGCACCCCGCAUAUUAGUGGUCCAGGCCCUGGAAGGCCUAGUUCAAAAGAGGGCAGACGCAGCGACACUUGUUGGCGUAGCGCCCAGGGAACUCCCGAUGUGUGGCAAAUUCCGGAUGGAAGCUCAAGGACGCUUAAAUUCUGAGAGAAUUUGAAACGCAAUGGGGAUUUGCGCCACGUAUGUGAAAUCCAAGUGGGGUUGGAUGUUUGGUUAGUUUUGUGAUGCUACCUGACUGAACAGCAUCAAAGCCAGAAUCUUUGCAGACAUCCCUCUGCCGCCUGUCCAGAAGACUUUCUAUUUAUAUAUUUUUAACAAAAUAGCAAAACCACGUCAUUGGGGAAAAAUCUUUCAUCAAGGGCUUUCUUAUAUAUAUCUAUAUUCCUUUAUUUGACAAUCUUGUAUGCCAUUUUGUUUCUAGAAUGGCAAUGGGAAAGCCACCUAAAAAUAAUAAGGGUGAUCCAAUAAACAAGGAAUUAUUAAAUCAAAACCUUUUACUCAGGCACAUCUACAUUUCUCAUUUAUGAUGUCCAAAGCCUGAAAGAACACACAUUUUAAAAACCUUUAAAGUUCAGGAAAGCUUUUUCCCUGGAUCUUUGAAUUUCUACAUAAGUCACAGAGGAGACUAUAGUUCAGGUGGGGUGGGCACCCUAUGGGUUGCAUGUGAUUCCCAAGUCCACUUUUUGCAAUUCACUGAGUCUGUCAAGAUCAUACAAUCAACAUUUGGUGGAAACUACCAAAUAAUGAUGGUGCCAAUUCUCAAUGAGAAAUACAUGAAAAUAGGUGUAUUAAUUUCUGAUAGAUUUAAUGCACCGAUCAAAUUUUAUCCUUCCCAGCCCCUCCUACCCACAGAAAAUCUUUCUUCUCUGGUGAUGCUAUUACAUUACUGCACAAUCCACUGCAGCUGUAACAACCACGGUCCUUGGCCAUGGAAAAGUUGCAAGACUUGGACAGAUGAAUUUUAUGAGGUCUGGUUCAAUAUAACAUAAUUUUUUUGACUUUACUUAUUACAGCAUAAAGAGACAGCUCUCUUUUUAAGUAUAUGCUGAAUAUUUCAAGGCCAAUUUUAGGAAUAUCUGACUGAAACUUUUUAUCCACUUUGUUUAAUACCUAUUCUUCAGUAAUGGAGAAUGCCAGAAGGGAGACCACAAUAAACAAGAACUGCUUGCAAUGCUUGCAAUGACAUAAUGGUAUGCCAGCUGAUGUCACACAUGAAAAAACUGCUCCCAUUGAUUUCUGCUGGUUUAUUUUGUGCAUACUAGUAGCCAAAACUCAAUGAAAAAGCAACAGACGUCAUAAUGAAACAUGUCUUCCCUAACUAGUAGAAGUGGAAUACUAUUAUUUAGCCCUUUGGAAGUUUUAAACAAGUGCCUGUUAGUUAGAUAUGAUCAACAUGAAGUCCAGUCAUGGAAAUGGCCAUCUUCUUUUCACAGAAUAUGUCCCAGUGUUUCUUAAGGGAAUAUUUGAAUUAUAACUCCCUUUAGAGUGCUUUUCCUUCUUCUGGUGAAGCCCCAUAUCUUUGCUUUUCUCAUAAGAUACGUGCUAUAAGUUGUUUGAAUAAGAAGAGAUUUAAAGAGAAGCAGAAAGCUGGCAGAAGCAGCCACUGCAAUGGCACAGGCCCUGAAUAUCUGGGGGUCUGAAAUACAUUAGAAACCUGAUCUUUUCUUAUGGAAGCGGGUUCUUUGCGUGAACUGGUAUGAGAAGACAACUGGUGUCCUCUAAAUAUUUUUGAUUACAAUUCCCCACCGUCUUUUGCUGAUAGGAAGUUCCAAAACAUUUGGCAGAAGCAAUAUGCCUACCCUUGUUGAAAAAUUAAUAGAUAAACAGAAAUAAAAUGGGCCUGGAAUUUGAGAAUUUGAAGGGAGGCUUCUAAACAAUUAAUUCAAUUUCCUGUGAUGUAAGAAAUUAAGUGCCAAAGUAACUCCUGCAGAUUACUUUCCCCUCUAUCUGGAGGCCUCCAGUGAAGCAGAACCACUAACCUUCCAGAUCCUUGGUUCCAUUAUCAAGACAAGAAGUUUUUACUAGUGUAGAAGUGAAAUCUGUCAUUCUUCAUGAUAAGUCUGUUGUGCUGCCUUGACCAGCAUGGAAUAUAUGUUUUCUAUCUUCUUUUGAUAGUCCUUAAGGUUUGAAUUUCAGUGAUUAAUUACAAAUCAUUGAUCCAGCAAUUUUGAUAUCCUAUAUUGACAGGCAACAUCUCUUGGCAUUUCAGAGGAAGUCUCUCAACUUUAUCUGGAGAUCCUUUCAAAUUACUACUUCAAAAUUAAUAAGUUUUGCUUGCUCUUGAUUAUAGCCACUUGGUACAUGUUUACUCCAUGCCUAAGACCUACAAAGAAUCUGGAUUGAGUAGUGGAGGAAGAAGCAAGGAAUUUUGUAUCCUCAAAUCUUAUUUUCCUGCAAUUAUUUUUUUCUACAGAGGGCAACUCUUUCAAAGGACAAGUGAAGCUGGGUCAUUACAACUAUUUUUUCCUGCAACCUAAAUUAAUUGGUGGAAAGGAUAGUUCUGACAGAUGAUAAAAUAGCACAUGGGGUCUAGAGAAGGAUAGACACAUAAUUCUUUUUAUCUCAAAAAACUUUUCUAUGCUUUCUCUGUACCAGUUCCAAGCUGACAGGCAGUUUCUCUUGGGAUAGGGAAUUGUGCCGCAAAACAGAUUUACAGCAAUCCAUGCCAUUGCUAAAUUUGUGGAUGCUUUAAAAAAAUAGACAGGAGAGAGGUUAAUCCACUGCUGAUGGCAUUCUCCUGAUUUGAAGAGGGCCAUUGGCAGUUGUUCCUUAUAUUAGGAAAGGAGGUUCCCAUUGGUAACAAAGAGAAUUCUCUACUGAUGCAAAUAGUAGCGCCAGGGAUUUGCUAUUCAACCUUGUGCUGAUUCAAACUUCUUACGUCUCAAAAGUCAAAUUGAUUGGAUUCAAACUUUUAAACCAAUCUGAAAAAUGAAUUUGAGUCAACUGUUGUAUUCAGUUUCAAAGUUAAAUUUAGAACCAUUUCCAAAUUAAAUCUCUGGAUAGUGUAUUUGCAUAGCCCCAAUAGCUAUGUUUUGGGAGCCAGUUACAUUGGUUGAUAACCUGGUGAAUCUCAAUAUAAUUGCGUACAACAUAGGCCUAAAAGACACUCUAGUUUAAAAAAAUUCUAGAGAGAAGAAAAUUGUCUAAAAAUACAUCUGGCACAAAUAUUGCCCUGAAUUUUUGAGCCCAUCCACUGUUUUUUGAACCAAACUUGAAAAGAGAAUGGAGACAAAAUUUUAACAGUCCUCCAAUACAAGACCUAUAAGUCAGGAGUGAUAUACGGGUGUUAGGAUAUAUGAACACACGGUAUGCUGGGAAAAGGUACUUUGCCCCCCCCUCCCCCCCAUCAGUCUCCAGUAUGUGUAUCUGAAAUAUCUGAAAUGGAUAUGUUAGGUAUUCAGCUGAACAUGUUUACAGUGUCUGCAUGAUCAGGAACUUUAU